UCCCAGAACCUGCUGCAGGACUUCAUCCAGUACAUCGAGAGCUCUAAGGUGGUUCUCCUGGAGGACCUGGCCUCUCACUUUGGGAUGAGGACUCAAGAUGCCAUCUCCAGACUGCAGGACCUGCUGGCUGACGGGACCCUCACAGGUGUGAUCGACGACAGAGGCAAGUUCAUCUUCAUCACUCCAGACGAGCUGGACUCUGUGGCCCAGUUCAUCAGAAACAGAGGACGGGUCUCCAUCACAGAACUGGCCCAGGCCAGCAACUCCCUCAUCAACCUGCUUCCUGAGAGCCGCAGCGCCGCCUGAAGGACCCGGGUCAGCUGGACUCAGAGCAGGACCAGGACCUGACUGUUGGAUCCAGAACCUGUGAGGAGUUCUGGAUCCUCAGUAACAUCUGUUAAAUUAUUGUUUGAUUUGAGCUGUAAACAAGUCAAUAAACCCUGUUAACUCUGAGUAAACAAGUCAAUAAACCCUGUAAACUCUGAGUAAACAAGUCAAUAAACCCUGUAAACUCUGA